AUGUUGCCGCGAUUAUUACUGCAAUUACUUCCAUUGACAUUAUGCCGUAGCGCUCCCCUCGAUUUACCACAGAAGAAGUUUCCGACAGCUAUAAUAGUCGGAGUGAAGAAGGCUGGCACUAGAGCUCUGCUAGAAUUCUUACGAUUGAAUCCUCAUAUUCAAGCCCCUGGUCCAGAAGUGCAUUUCUUCGACAAGAAUUAUCACAAGGGAUUGGAUUGGUACAGAGAACGAAUGCCUCUAACAUCUCGCGACCAAAUGACAAUCGAAAAAAGCCCAGCCUACUUCCAUAGCAAGACAGCUGCUGAACGAAUACGUGCCCUCAAUCCUGCAAUGAAAAUCGUCAUAGUGGUUCGAGAUCCCGUUAUGAGAGCAAUAUCAGAUUAUACGCAAGCUUCAUCGAAGCGAAGAGCGCCAGCAAUGAUGCCAUCUUUUGAGGAGAUGGCCAUUGGCAAUUGUGCACCAUGGCUGAAAACAAAUUGCUCCUUGAAAGUCGGUGGCGUUAACGUUGGAUGGGGUGCAAUACGGAUAGGAGUGUAUCACAAGCACAUGAAAAGAUGGUUGGACAACUUCCCUAUGGACCAAAUCCACAUCGUCGAUGGAGAGCGACUAGUCGCACAACCUGCUCUGGAGGUCAGCAGUACUGAGCGGUUCCUUGGACUUGAUCCAGUCGCGAAACCAGAAAAUUUUGCUGUCGAUCCAAUCAAGAAAUUCCCUUGCGUUCGCCGACCCGAUGGUAGUCUGCACUGCUUGGGCAAAACGAAAGGCAGGAAACAUCCAGCGAUUCAACCUGAAGUCUUCCGAAUGCUGAAGCGAUUCUAUGAAAGCGAGAAUCAAAAAUUCUUUCGACAAAUCAAUCGAUCGUUUGCAUGGUAG